AGUGCUCCGUAAAUGCAGGAGAAGAAGAAGAGGUUAUUAUGGCAACAAUGAUUGAAGAAAAUGGCCCUUCGACACAUGAGCAGUCUGAGGUGUCCUCGUCCUCUCAGGCUCGGCAGAAACUAGAGGGGCUCCUGAACAAGAACAUGAGGAUCCGGAUGACAGACGGGCGGACUCUGGUGGGGCUUUUUCUCUGCACGGACCGAGACUGUAACGUCAUCCUGGGGUCAGCUCAGGAGUUCCUCAAAUCCACAGACACAUUCUCCCAGGGCGAGCCCAGAGUUUUGGGCCUGGCCAUGAUCCCCGGUCACCACGUCGUAUCCAUCGAGGUGGAGGCGGACAGUUUGGAAGAAGGAUUUGGAGCGAACCAUUGAUGUUUGGACAACACUCGGUGUGACUGUCUCUCAGAGAGCCGGCCGAGCUCACAGGACAGUGGACAUCUUCACUCGAGGACACUUUCACCUCAGAUGCAGAACUCCUGUGUCAGUACUCUGGAUUUAGCCAUUCCCUCUACGCUUGAAGAUGUGUCCGUUUGCAGCGGCGGCUGUAUCAUACAGCAUGUGUGUAAACUGAGUGGACCGGGUGUGUGUGUGUGUGUGUGUGUGUGUGUGUGAGACAGUUUGGGCAAACAGCUGGAUGUGUGUGUGGAAAUGUGUUUCAGUGCUGUGUACAGUGAACGUCUUUGCUUGAGUAUUUGAGACCGUGUGUGUUUGUCAUUUACAAAAAUGGAUAGAAAGUUGAUGUAUCGGGGAGAACUACACUGAUUUUACACAUUAAAGUCUGUUUACAAACCUCGAAGGACACAACUGUGUAUUUGAAAAAGGUUGUAUGAACCCUUUUGAGCCUCUAGAGGGAGCUGCAGCCAAGUUUUAUUAAUUGACUCAGCUGGGGCAGAAGACUACAAAUUUAAAAAAGAAAAACAUUUGAGAGUCUGGAGUUAAAAUGACGUAACAUCACCAGCAAUGUGGUAAAUGUAUGUGCAGGAUUUAAAACCAAGAAUGUGUGGAAUUAAAAAAGACUGCAUCAA